AUGAGGAUAACGUCGUUCAACGUCAACGGCAUGCGUUCUUUCAGUAAAUAUGUAAUGAAAAGCUAUAAAAUGAGAUUCAACGAAUAUGUGAAGGACAUCCUCCGAGCAGAUAUCUUGUGCGUUCAAGAAACAAGGGGAAAUGAAAAUGCACUAGGAGAGUUCCACUCCCUUAGGGACUAUGUCACAUUCACAAGCGUAAACAAGAGGAGUAGCGGAAGGUCUGGUGUCUCGACAGUGGUAUCGAAGAAACUGUAUUGUAGGGGAGUUAUUCAUUCGCCAUUUUCGGAAGAGGGAAGGUCUCUAUUGACUGACCACGGAGAGUUCAAGAUUCUAAACCUUUACUUUCCCUUUUUUGACGAGAGGUCUGAGAAGGACAAGUCUGAAGUGAUCAGGUUCUACGAUGAAAUUGGUGCAUUUAUUAGGGUGCAUGAGGAUGCAAUUAUCUGUGGAGAUUUCAAUGCAGUCUACUCAAUCAUUGAUCAUUAUCAGUUCUAUAACGAACUUCUGCGCAUACAGAGUAAGAGAAGGCAUAUAUCGAAGAAAGAAGAGAUACAUGAAAUAGGGAGAAAGGCAAAGAAAUUUGUGUCCAAAACCGAGCUUCCCUACGAGUUUUACACCGAGGAUGCAUUGGAGGCAUACCUUUUCGAAGUGCAACAAAGGAAAUGGCUGAAGAGUUUAAUAGAUGGCGGAAAGCAUGUGGACGCCUACAGGAUUCUGCACAAGAAGCCUGAGUCUUAUACGUGCUGGAACACAAUGCUCAACAUGCGUCCUCACAACUUGGGCACAAGAAUAGAUUAUAUCCUUAUUCCAUCUGGAUUUUCUCAUAGAUUUAAAGAUUGUAACAUACAGCCUGAGAUCUAUGGUAGCGAUCACUGUCCAGUAUAUGUGGAAAUAGACUUUGAUGUCAUGGAUGAUGGAAAUAACAUCUUAGGAAAAAGAAAAAACAACAUCCUUGACUUCUUUGGUCUGUGA